UCGCAGUUCAAAGCACUCGCGCGUUCUGGGGAUUGUACUUGGAGACGAGAACGGAGCCUUUUACCGUUUCACCCUGCAGAGUUGAGAGCAAACUCUUACCAGCUGGCUUGUUUUUUGCCGUUUCGAAGUGCGGAUCCGUUUGCAAGAAACGCACUCGUCCGGGGAGUCUGCCCGAAGCUCGCGCGUAAAGACACUCGCUCUCCACAACGGUUUUACGCACCGGAGCGCUGAGAGAGAGACAGAUAACCUGCUGCCGUUUUCUGUCCACUUCUCUCAAAACUUAUCCUGGAAAGGUAAAGUCAUUUUAAGAGGCUUUUUUUUUUUGUUCCUCUCGCGAGAGCGUCUCAAUAAACUCACCUAUAUAAACUCACCCGUUUCACGCGUAAUUUUGGUACCGAGCCGUUUUUCGUAUGAAUCUCCUCGACCCUUACCUGAAAAUGACGGAGGAACAAGACAAGUGUCUCUCUGACGCCCCGAGCCCGAGCAUGUCCGAGGACUCCGCGGGCUCUCCGUGCCCGUCCGGCUCGGGCUCCGACACCGAGAACACCCGGCCGUCGGAGAACGGGCUGCUCAGAGCGGACGGAACCCUGAUUGAAUUCAAGAAAGACGACGACGACAAGUUCCCCGCUUGCAUCCGCGAAGCAGUGUCCCAGGUGCUCAAGGGCUACGACUGGACCCUGGUGCCCAUGCCGGUGCGCGUUAACGGAUCAUCUAAGAACAAGCCUCACGUUAAGAGACCGAUGAACGCCUUCAUGGUUUGGGCUCAGGCUGCGCGUAGAAAGCUGGCGGAUCAGUACCCACACCUGCAUAACGCGGAGCUCAGCAAAACUCUGGGGAAACUCUGGAGACUUCUCAACGAAGGCGAGAAGCGGCCGUUCGUGGAGGAGGCUGAGCGGCUCCGGGUGCAGCACAAGAAGGAUCACCCGGACUACAAGUACCAGCCGCGGCGGAGAAAGUCGGUGAAGAACGGACAGAGCGAGCCGGAGGACGGCAGCGAGCAGACGCACAUCUCCCCUAACGCCAUCUUCAAAGCUCUCCAGCAGGCGGACUCCCCGGCCUCCAGCAUGGGAGAGGUGCACUCCCCGGGUGAGCACUCAGGCUCCCAGGGGCCCCCAACGCCUCCCACCACCCCAAAGACUGAUGUCAGCUCAGGCAAGAUGGACCUAAAGCGCGAGGGUGGCCUCCGCUCUCUGCCCGAUGGCCCCGCUGGGCGCCAGCUCAACAUUGACUUCCGCGACGUGGACAUCGGCGAGCUCAGCAGCGAUGUCAUCUCCCACAUCGAGACCUUCGACGUCAACGAGUUCGACCAGUACCUGCCGCCUAACGGCCACCCGGGCCUGCCUGGCAACGCCACGCCAGUCAGCUACACGGGCAGCUACAGCAUCAGCGGCGGCGCCCCAGUCAGCCCGCAGGCGGGAGGCCCCGCGGCCUGGUUGGCCAAGACCCAGCAGGGACAGCAGCAGCAGCAGCAGCAGCACACCCUGACCACCCUGGGGAGCAGCGGCGGCUCAGAGGCAGCUCAGGCCCAGCACAGGACCCAGAUCAAGACGGAGCAGCUCAGCCCGAGCCACUACAACGAGCAGCAGGGCUCGCCGCAGCACAUCGCCUACAGCCCCUUCAACCUGCAGCACUACAGCCCCCCCUCCUCCGCCUACCCGGCCAUCUCCAGGGCGCAGCAGUACGACUACUCCGACCACCAGGGGGGCGGCACCGCCACCGCCUCCUACUACAGCCACGCGGGGGCGGGGCAGGGCUCGGGGCUCUACUCGACUUUCAGCUACAUGAGCAGCCCCAGCCAGAGGCCCAUGUAUACGCCCAUAGCCGACAACACGGGGGUGCCCUCCAUCCCGCAGAGCAGCCCGCAGCACUGGGAGCAGGCUCCGGUUUACACCCAGCUCACCCGACCCUGAGCCGCCUGACAGACUGAGAGACAGCGCACACCCAUGUACAGUCCCCCCCACACACACACACACAAACGCACACACACGCACACACACACACAUCCAGCCGAUAUAUAGACACAUGCACACACUCCAAAACACUUUACUCCAGGGAGAGUUCUUCCCUCAAAUCAGACACUUGAAUUCUAAGAAGAGGAGAGCUGGACUUGUGAUUGGCUCACGUCGUGCCUUGCUAUUGUAUCAUGAUAGAAACUAUAUAUAUAUAUAUAUAUAUAUAUAUAUAUAUAUAUAUAUAUGUAUAUAUAUAUAUAUAUAUUUUUUUUUAGAGAGAUGAAAAGACUUAAGAAAAUCCUCUGUGAGGACUUAUUGAUUGUUGAUAUUUCAGUAGGUACUGUGUAUGUUUUUUCCUUUUCAUUUUGUUUUUCCCUUCAUACGCUGGCAGUUUGUAACCCAUGGGGGGGGGGGGGGGGGGGGGCUUCGGGUAAUUAUUUGUACCUGUAGAUAUUAAAAAAACCAAAAGCUUUUAUAUUUUAACCGGUUCAGCAGUGUCUGGUUUGCUGUUGGAUUUCAUAUGUGGGUUUUCUGUUUUUUAGCCGUUGCUUACUCUCUCCUGUGCCGUUCAGCAGGUACGGUUUCGUAUCUAAGCUGUUAAUGCUGUUGAUUUUUUUUCUCGUUCUUCUCCUCAAGUUAUGUGUCACGAUCAUCAGAAAAGAUAUUAGGCAAUGCGGAGAAAAGAGAGACGGACUUGGUUUCACAACUCUGUGUUGUCCUGACGGAGGAGACUGCAGCCCCUUCCCAGCCCUCAGUGCCUUGGAUUUUUACAAUUUUCUCAAACUUUUUUCUACGCGUGUGUGUGUGUGUGCGUGUGUGCGUGUGUGCGUGUGUGCGUGUGUGCGUGUGCAAUGGCCACAGCUGAGAUUACACUUACCGUCUAACAGCGUGUGUUUGACAGCUACAGGAAGUCACCUUUGACCCCCUCGGGUCUCCUUCUGCAGUCUCCCACCAUGCUGGUGUCCUCGACCCCCCCCCCCUCCAGGGUCAAAGUCCUGUUUUAAAACUUUAUUUAUUUAUUAGCUCUUUAAUUUUAUUUCAAAGUAAUUAUUUUGCAUACUAUUCUUAUAACUAAUGAAUUGUCCUCUUUGCAGUGUAGACGUAUAUAAUUUCCCCCCCUUUUUUAAUAAUUUCAACCCAGGGGGUACUUAGAGAAAAAAAAGGUACACGCUGUAAUCGUAUUUUUGGGGGUUUAUUUAUCUUAUCUAAAUGUCUAUUUUAAGUAUGUUUUUGUCUUUUUCUAAAGGGGUCGGGGUGGGGGCUAUCUAACAAAACGUGUACGAGUUAUUUGUGUUAUUUGUGAAUUUCCUCUGAGUUUGACUUUUAAUCUAUGGCUGAAAGAACUGGAAAAUUCUAUCGGAGUUACAAGGUUUUCUACACUUUUUCUUUUUCUUUCUGUCGGGCUUUUAUGUUUGUGCGAUCGCCAGAGGGACCGUCUUUUCUUUCUGCUCUGCAAGCUCCAUUUCCUUUUUCUCUCUCAAUAUCAAAGGACUGACGAUGGCAAUACUCCUGUUGGUUUUUUUUUUCCAUCUCGCCAUGUAUUUGUACUUUCUUCAAAGAAUCUUUUGUAUAUGUAUUUGCAAUAAAAAAAGAAAAUGCUAUUUAAAAAAACCAAAACAGCAACAA